ACCAGGGACUCACUCCAGUUGCUAAUAAGAUAAGAACUCGUCACACUGAAUUGACGCCAAAGGAACUUGGACUAGUAAUUUUGGUUAACUUGUUCUUCCAGUUUACAAAGCAUUCAAGAGUGUAAUUACAUCUUUUAAAAAAACAAUGCUUCAGAUAUAUGUUCCUGCAAUUUUCCUCCUGGCUGCUGUUACAUCCAACCCUGUCACAGCACUUACAAAAAGACCACCUCAAACUCUGUCAAGAGGUUGGGGAGAUGAUUUAAUAUGGGUUCAAACCUAUGAAGAAGGCCUAUAUAAAGCACAGAAAAGCAACAAGCCGCUAAUGAUUAUCCAUCACCUGGAAGUCUGCAAACACUGUAAAGGACUGAAGGAAGCUUUUGCUGCAAGUACAGAAAUCCAGCAGAUGGCUGAUAAAGAUUUCAUCAUGUUAAAUCUUAUGCAUGAAACCAAUGACAAACACCUUGCACCCGAUGGUAAAUAUGUGCCCCGGAUUAUCUUUCUAGAUCCUUCUUUGACUGUGAGAGCAGAUAUUGUAGGAAGAUAUUCAAACCGUCUCUAUACAUACGAGCCUCAAGAUGUUCAACUCUUGAUACAGAACAUGAAGAAAGCAAAACGUUUGUUACCUUCUGAAUUAUAACAAAUAAUAGCAACUCUAUUUGUUUUAACCCGAAUAAAAGGAAGCAGGAUUUCUUUGUGCACAAAUUCCAUUUGAGUUAAUAAUCCAUUCUAUUUAAUGCUCAAUGCCAAUAUGCAGAAAGUGUAUAAACUGUUCACAAUGCCUUAAUUUUCAUUAUUUUGAUUCAAAAUAUGUUUUAUUACGUGAUUUAAUUAAUAAACAUUUUAAUGAUCAGAA